AUGUUAUGGAGCACACCGCCACAGUCCGAAAGGGUACCGCAGGUUUCGACGACGAUGGAGGAGCUCGCCAGCACCAGCAGUACACUCGAGCAACUUCAGAGUUUCUUCGUUCUUCACACAUUUGAUACGUCAGGGCCAUUCUCAGACCUUUUCUCCGUGCUCCUCUCAUGCUGCAAACAUUUGGUGGAUUCAAGCGUAAGUCAAAACACUGUCAUAUGCGGACAAGCGCGUGAAAUUGAGCGUUUGGCGCGUGAGGUUGAAGAACUUCGCGGCACACUUGUCUCUCAGCAGAGCUACUUUCAGGAUCUGGAGAGUCGUAGAUUAGCACACUCAGUGGCUUCAGCAGAGGAAGCGCAAGGAAUCAACGCGGAAGUAGUGGGAAGACGCCUCAACAAACUUGAUGAAGCCGUUCAUGCCGUACAAAAGACUGUAGAGGAAUACCGUCACCCCUGUACGGGAGGAGUAAAUGAGGAACGAGGGAUGUGGGAACGCGUUAACCGGUUGGAGGUGGAUUUGGAAAGUCUCAAAGAAAGGGUUUCAUCCACCACUGAAAAUAUUAGGGCAGAAGUGGCGACAAUUGGCAACGCAGUGAGUUCGAUCAAAACAUCGAGUGCCCCAGACUACAUCCUAGCAUCUCAAUCUUACACUGAUGCGAAGAUGGCAAAUGUGAGGGAAGAGAUUCUCAUGGCCAAGCAAUCGAAGACGAGCACCGCCGACGAUAGCAAGCUUUACACGGGCACGUCACCUCCACAAAACUGGAAGAGUGACACAGAGUGUGUGAUGAACAGGAGCACACGAAGUUUAGAAAGCGGGGACCCCAACGAGAAAUGUGGCCGGGCGGGUUAUCGGCCCUGUGGUACGGAAGUUUGGGAAAAUAUUCCUGCGCGGCUUGACGAGUUGGAGAGCCGCUUAGAAGUACUGGAAGUGUAUGCCCCCCACCACUCUGCCAUGGCCGCGCGCCCACCUCUGCUUGGUGUUGAGCUGCGGGACGAACGUGGUGGUGGUGUACGGGUACAUGAAGUUUUUAGUGGGUUUGCCGCGCAUGCCGCUGGUGUGCUACCCGGUGAUGUGGUGGUGGCGCUCAACGCCCGUAAUGUAAACACACGAGCCGAGAUGUACGCCCUUAUUGCAGAACUUACGCAGGAAAAUGAGGUGAAGCGGCGUCUUCUGAUGCAAAUGUACUAUGAAGAACAUUCUGGUACUUGUAGAAAUGAGGAAGCAAAGGAGGGAUGUUGCUUCCUUCAAGCGCCCAAUAGCGCCGCAGUUAGUGGAAGGUGGUUUGGUAGCGGUUCAGGCACGGCUGGUGCGGGUAACGUUAGGACAAUGAACAAAGCGGAACUGACCGCAGGUAUGGCAAGGAGAUGGGACCUUCCUAAGCUCCAGUUUGCGCUUCAUCUGAAGCGGGGUGUUUUUUUGCAUGAAGUAGUGGUAAUUUGUGAACGUGCGUCGGGUUCUUGA